GCGGAGGCGCAGGGCGGGCAGGCGGCCCCGGGCCGGCCGCGUUCCCUCCCUCCCCAUCCCGCUGCCUUCACCGGACCCGGCGCGGCCGCGCACCGCCCCGGCCCGCCCCGCCAUGGAGGCGAAUCCGCCGAAGCGGAAGGAGACGCGCAAAUCCCUGCGGAUUAAAGUCAUCUCCAUGGGCAACGCGGAGGUGGGCAAGAGCUGCAUUAUAAAACGUUAUUGUGAGAAGAGGUUCGUUCCCAAAUACCUGGCGACUAUCGGUAUCGACUACGGUGUCACAAAAGUGCAGGUCAGAGACCGAGAGAUCAAGGUGAACAUCUUUGACAUGGCGGGGCACCCGUUCUUCUACGAGGUGAGGAACGAGUUUUACAAGGACACACAGGGGGUCAUCCUGGUCUACGACGUCACACAAAAGGAGUCUUUCGAUGCGCUGGAUGCGUGGCUGGCUGAGAUGAAGCAGGAGCUGGGUCCCCACGGGAACAUGGAGAACAUUGUCUUCGUUGUCUGUGCGAACAAGAUCGACUGCACCAAGCACCGCAGUGUGGAUGAAAGCGAGGGGCGGCUCUGGGCAGAGAGCCGGGGCUUUCUUUACUUUGAGACAUCAGCACAAACAGGAGAAGGAAUCAACGAGAUGUUUCAGACUUUCUACUCCGCCAUCAUCGACCUGUGUGACAACGGCGGGAAGCGCCCUCCUUCCAGCAUGGGGGUCGGCUUCACCAAAGAGCAGGCGGAUGCCAUUCGCAGGAUCCGCAACAGCAAGGACAGCUGGGACAUGCUGGGGGUCAAACCCGGAGCCACAAGGGACGAAGUCAACAAAGCCUAUCGGAAGCUGGCUGUGCUGCUCCACCCCGAUAAGUGUGUGGCUCCCGGCAGCGAGGACGCCUUCAAAGCGGUGGUGAACGCCCGGACCGCGCUUCUCAAAAACAUCAAGUAGGGAAGAGAGCCACUCUGAGCUGGAAACCUUCCCCUCCUCCCCGCUAGCUCCCAGGCAGACGUACAGCUGCGGGACACCCCUCUCCUCCUCACGCUUACCGCUGGCAUGGACACAGCUGCUCCCAGCACCAGCCGUGGAAGCAGGACUGCAUCCGACUGUAGUGCGCUUGUGACGUGGAAAGGAGGGCAGAGUCCUGAGGAGGGGAGAGGGACCCCAGAACCCACCCUGUAUCCGUGGCCCCAGGUCCUGGUUGGCAUAAGUGCUGAAAGCAGCAAGGUCCCCACCUUCCUGGCUCUGUUACACCUCCUGGGAGUUACCAGCUGUGGAGGGGUUUGGAUGCGUGGCUCUAACCUGUGGAUACAGCGAGGGCAGGGCAAGAUGUGACCCAAAAGCCGUUGUACCUCAAAGCGUUGGUGUUGUGCAUGGAGGAUGCCCAGGAGGCGCAGCGGGUUGUCUGUCCUUCUGGGUCAUCCUGGAGCUGGCUCCACAAGGCUGCCUGUGCUGAAAGCCGCACAGGCACUGCCGGGCACCGCGGUGGUUCAGCUCCUUGGUCAAAACUGGCUCCUUCCAGCUGACACCCAGUGAUGCUGCUUUUUGUGAGGAAAAGGGCAGGUUGCUUGAGGAAACCUCUCUGGUACUGUAGGGAGAAACUGGCUCCAAGAGUGUCCCAGUCUUCCCUGGCCUGUCCUCUUUCUCCCCAAGCUGUCAUGGUGCCAAGAACAAGUCCCUUUGGCAGGACUAGUGCUUUCCCCCAGGCACCCACCUCCUCACCACAGCAGUCUCCUACUGCCACCUCUUUCCACCUCUCUGAGCUCAGCUCGUCAGGAAGAGCCCCUAAGGCUGCAAGCCCUCAAGCCACGUGCUCCCUCCCUCCCGGCCCCAUGCUGGUGAGCUCUGGGUAGGUGUCACCAGCCCCUGUGGGAGACUGUCCUCAGCUGCGCGUGGCCCUGGCUGUUUACAGGCUGCUGACCCAAGGAGGAGCCAGGCCAGCCCCCAGCACAGCUGUCUGUCGGCCCUGCCCUUCCUCCCCUCAGCCAGCCUCACCUCCCAAGCUUCGCCCACACCGCGGAGCUCUGCGGGUGCCUGCGAUCUGCCUGCUCGCUUGGCCCCGCGGCGCUCUCGGGUUAGCUGAGCAGCGGAGGGGACGUGUUCUCCCCCAGCCCUCUCUUCUCACAGCAGCAACGCAUCCCCCUGUUCUGCUGCCUUUGUUAGGGUUGCUGAUCAGCAGGCGGGUGCGGGUUGCUCCCUCCAAGUCACAGCUGCCGUUUACUUUGAAGAGUCCUGUUGAUUGAGAGGGGAGCAUUGCUGGUCACCCCAAGAAGUGCUUGCAGAGGCUUGGGAUCUGGUUGUGGUGAUCCUGAGGGAGAUCAGAGCCGUGAUGGCUGCCAGGCUCUUUGGGGAACAAAAUGGGAGAUCCCUUGGGGUCCUGUGGUUUUGUCAGGACCCAAUUCUAUUUCCUUGCUGCUGUGCGAGCCUGGUGGGGAAGGGCAGGACACUAAGCUGUGAAAGGAAAGCCACUGAGUGUGCGUGUGUGUGUGUGUAUCUUUACCCUACCCCACAAGUAUCCUGUUUAAAAGUGUUUUCUCCUAUGGUCAGUGCAAUAUUUUUUCACUUCUAGGAAGGUUUUCUGUGUUUCCCCUUCAAAAUAUAUCAUAAAUCAACAGUAGGUCCCUCCCUCUUUUUGGCAGCAAGCUUUAAGGGACUUUAAAGCCAGCAUCAUUUUGCUCUUGCUCUGGUUUCUGGUGCUGGGUUGCCAGGAAGAAGAAAUCAGCUGUCCUGCUGGGAAGCACUUUUUGCUCCUCUGGUGGAGAAAUAACCAAGGGGUGAUGUUGCUACAAGAGGUUAAUGUUUAAAAUAGCUCAAUUUUCCUCUCCCAGGUGUACAAAAAGCUGGGCUGGGGGAGAUCAGCAGGACAGCCAUUGGAGCUGUGGCACGUUACACUGAUGAGGUCUUGUUCCACACGUUUUAUAACGGUACAGAGUUCACUGGGAACCUCCCCACUUGUCUAGUGGAGGAAACCACACUUAGUUCUGGCUUCAAACCUAUUUCUCUGUAUUCUUUUUUCCAUUGAGGAGGGUAAAUAAUCCUGUUGCUGAAUGGUGCACUUUGCUUUGAGGGUGAGAUCUCAGUGCCUGGGAGUAGUUUAAAGGCUUCCUCGGUUCCUGCUGCUUGGGGGCUCUCCAGGUCUGUUGUGCGAUGCACAGGCCCUCCUGUUCACUCCUCAGGUGACUCUGGCCGCUCGUCUUGGGGUUUCUUUUGUGUGUUUACCGAGCUGACCGGAUGUUUGGAGACGUUUACACACGCAUGUCACGUCUAGAGAUGCCGGUGACCUUCUAAGUUGUGUUAUUUUUAUAAAUUAAACCCCCCUUUGGAACAAA